AGCAUCCAUGGGAAUCAGCGCCCAACAAAACUCUUUAGAAGUGUAAACACUCCUAAAUCUACCAGAGAACAAUAACCAGACUACCAGAGAGAAUACAAAUUCGAAUUCGGAAAACCUGAAUCAAGCAUUUACAAUUUUACGAUUAUGAAGUUUGGUACAUGGUAGAUCUAAAAAGAACACCAGAUGCAAAAGGACACUGUCUGCCAACAGGUACAGGGAUUCAGUUGAUGCUGCAUGGAAGAAAUUGAGUGCAAGCUGGGGACGGAGGCAGCCAGCUGUGAAGAAUCCUGAUUUGAGAACUUUUGGGAAGGAGAGGGGUUGGUGUCAUUAUUUGGAAAGGCAUAUGGUGCAAUUUGUCGAAUGUGGUUGCUUAUAGUUAUCAAUAUUAAUUUGCUUGAUGCAAAAGUGGCUGGGUUGUUUGCAUAUCGGAAGAGAUGCAAAGGGAAUGUGUUGUUUAUUUUGAUGAAGCGCAUAAUAUUGAUAAUGUGUGUAUUGAAGCUCUUAGUGUGAGUGUAAGGCAGCAGACACUUGAAGGUGCUACGAGUUGACAGGUUCAAGGAAACUGAUGCCAACAGAUUACACGCAGAGUACAACCGACUCGUGGAAGGAUUAGCACAGUUGGGGAACCUAGCUAUCACAGAUGCCUGGCACGCGAAUCCUGCUUUGCCGAAUAAUAUACUGAAGGAGGCUGUACCAGGAAACAUUCGAAAAGCAGAACAUCUUCUGAAUGUAUUGCGAAGAUUAGUACAUUGCGGGGGCAUAUGCAGAGUGAAAAUUUCGUAAAAGAGGAACCUACUGCAGUUGUUGCUUCAAUCUAUCCCCAGUCUGGAAUUGACCAGAAACUGCUGCGAUUUUGUUAUGUUUGGCUACACUCUCCGAUGUUGACUCUAGAAAUCAUGGAUACAGAUAAAUUUCAACAUUAUCCAAACAGUAUGUGCUUUUGCUAGACUCGUGGGGACUUACACCCAGGGUCUUUCAAUUGUAAUUGAACCCUUCGUUGAGCGUAUGCCACAAGCCACAUAUAGAUGAUCCUGUAUUGCAGCUUAGCUGUCAUGAUGCUUCACUUGCCAAAAAACCUGUACUUGAUCGGUUUCAAUCAGUUGUGAUAACAUCUGGAACUUUGAGUCCUAUUGGUCUCUACCCUUGUCUUCUGAAUUUCAAUCCAGUCAUCAGGGAAGCUUUAGAAUGUCUAUGACAAGGGAUUGCAUUUGCUCGUGGGCUUGACCAGCUUCCACUAAGUACAAAGUUCGACAUGAGGAGUGAUCCCGGUGUUGUCAGGAAUUAUGGACGACUCUUGCUGGAGAUGGUGGCUUCUGUUCCAGAUGGAAUCUUUGUUUUUUUGUUAGUUAUUCAUAUAUGGAUGGCAUCGUUUAGUUGGGAUGAGAUGGGAAUCUUACAGGAUAUAAUGCAGCAGACUCGGGAUGUUGUGGAGACUGCAUUGGCUCUGGAUAACUAUCGAAGGGCUUGUGAUUGCGGGAGAGAUGCUGUCUUUUUCUCUGUUGCUAGGGGGAAAGUAGCGGAAGGUAUAGACUUUGAUCGACAUUAUGGGAGGCUUGUGAUCACGUUGCGGUACCUUUUCAGUACACAGUUUGCAGAAUAUUGCCUGCACUUAGAGGGUUUGCGGGAAACAUUUCAGAUAAAAGGAGAUUUUUUGACUUUUGAUGCCUUUAGGCAAGCAGCUCAGUGUGUUGGUCGAGUCAUUCGUUCAAAACCAGAUUAUGGGAUGAUGAUUUUUGCUGACAAAAGAUAUAGCCGACAUGACAAGAGGUCUAAGUUGCCUGGGUGGAUACUGUCACAUUUAUGAGAAGCCCACCUCAACUUGAGCGCCGACAUGGCAUUGCAUAUUGCAAGAGAGUUCCUAAGGAAGAUGAAGAUGGUGCAGAGCAACUCCAAUAUGCUUUUAAGGAUGUCUUUCUUCAUAUAAAAUUCUAGAUCAAUUCAAAAACUCACAGGUUUGUUUCUUUCCAUACUAACCUUACCAGACUAGAGAACACAGUCAAUUAAGGAAUCUUUGACUAGGACCCAAUAUGGCGUUUGCUUACUUUCAGUACCCCGUGGUUCUUGUGCUCACUUUUAUGAGACCUAAAAGCUGAAUAACCUAUUUACUAGUGCUGGUACAUUAUUGAGAUAGUUUCACAUCGUCAUGUUCUGGUUUCCCCAGUUAAUAAGUCUUGGAAAACCCAUUCUUGCAAGUUUGACUUCAAAAUUGGUUAGGCCUCUGAACUUCUAGAUACAUGGUAAAAAGCACAAGAAAACAUUUACAAAAACCUCCAAACCCAAAAAAAAUCCAAGAAUCAUACUUGAUAUUCGUCAUCUCUUUUGUUCUUUCUCUUCAUAAGCAUUAAAUUUUGUCAUAGAAUUUCUCUUAAUUAGACCCAUAUAUCUGUCCAUUACAAGGGUCUAUGGUCUACCCACUUACAAAGCAGCAUUCAAUAUGUGAUAAAGACGGGUAUUCAAUAUGUGAUGAUAUGGAGACGGUCCUUGUGAUCUGAAAAUCCAUUAUAAAUAACUCUUCUCUAUUUCUCCAAGUGUAUAAGCUUGCAGUUUUCAGUGUGUUCAGUUUGGAGUUAUCAGAGAUUCUACAAUAGAAACUUCAAAAUGAAGUUACAUUUCAUCGUUGCUUCCCUGCUUAUCAUAGCAGUAAUACUAACUCAAUGUGCAGAAAGAAGUUAUGCAACUCAUCCUUCUGAAGUCUACCGGCGCAAGAUGUUGACGAAAUCUUUUAUCCCGAAAACGGCUGCAGAUCUUGUACAAGAAAAGAACACUUAUAUUGGUGUAGCGAAAGGCGGUGUCGUUGUGGAUACACCAAAACCAGGAGGAUCAGGAACUUCAGUUGGUGUGGGGAAAGGCGGUGUCGUUGUGGAUACAGGAAGACCAGGAACUUCAGUUGGGGUAGGAAAAGGUGGUGUCGUAGUGGAUACACAGAAACCAGGAGGAUUAGGAGCUUCAGUAGAUAUAGGCGGAGGUGGUGUCAUUGUGGAUGCACAAAAACCAGGAGCAACUUCAGUUGGCAAAGGGAAAGGUGGUGUCACUGUAGAUAUAGGAAAACCAGGAGGACCAUGGAUUUCAGUAGAUAUAGGGGGAGGUGGUGUCAUUGUGGAUACAGGAAAACCAGGAGGAUCUGGAACUUCAGUUGGUGUAGGGAAAGGAGGUGUAAGUGUUGACACACACCAAGGUGGAUCAAAUACUGGGACAAAACCAGGAGUGCCUGUUGCUACCUCAAGUCCCAAAACCUGAAACAUUUUGUAUUGCCUACUUAUAUAGAUAAGGUUUUAUCUUCCUGUUUCUUUCU